AUGUAUCCAGCCGAGAUCCAUGAAAGGACGAUAAACGAUAUGAAUAUAAACGGGAUUGAAACGGGAGAUGCCAAUACAUUGGACUCCUCUAUUCAAAACAAACAUAACGAUGCAAAUGAUCAAACAACUUCAGCCUCAUCACAUCUGGACGAACAACAGAAAUAUACUGGACCAAGAAUGACCAAGAAGUUUUUAAGGGAUCACUGCAAGCAAAACAAGCUUUAUGUCACACCUUACCUGAAUGACACGUUGUACUUGCAUUUUAAAGGUUUUUCCACCAUAGAGAAUUUGGAAGAGUAUACAGGACUAAAGUGCCUCUGGCUGGAGAGCAAUGGACUGCGACAAAUUGCGAACCUUGAGGCACAGACUGAGCUCCGCAGCUUGUUCCUGCAUCAGAACCUUAUCUACAAGCUGGAAAACCUUGGAUCCCUUGAGAAACUCUGCACACUCAAUGUCUCCAACAACUACAUCCAGACUAUAGAGAAUAUCGCCUGUUUGCCAGAGCUGGGCUCACUUCAGAUAGCCCAUAAUAAGCUGGAAACGAUGGGGGACAUAGAGCACCUGAGAGGGUGUCUUUCAAUCAGCGUUCUGGACAUGUCCCACAACUUGCUAAGUGACCCAGAGAUCCUUGCUGUGCUUGAGAGCAUGCCACGAUUGCAUGUGUUAAACCUGAUGGGGAACAAUGUGGUGAAGAAAAUCGAAAAUUACAGAAGGACCCUGAUUGUGCGUCUCAGACUGCUCACUUACCUUGACGACCGGCCGGUGUUCCCCAAAGACAGGGCGUGUGCAGAGGCGUGGGCAGUCGGGGGGCUCGACGCCGAGCGCAAAGAAAGGGAGAUGUGGGAAACACGAGAGAGAAGGAAGAUACAGGAUAGCUUGGAUGCCAUCGCAACCAUCCGGGACAAGGCCAUUGAGAGACGUCGCCUCAGAGAGAUGCAGGAGAAAGGUCAGGCUGAGGGUACCCCGAAGGUGGAAUCUCAGAGCACCUGUGAGGAGCAUGAGACAACAAUAGCUUGCUCCUCACACGGAGAGAAGAUUGAGGCCUUUGUGGAGGGCAGUCUGGAAGCCCACGAGGAAUUCCUACAGAGCCAGAGAGAACAAGUCGAGCUGGCGGAUGAUCAAAAGUUACGCAAAGAUCUUGAGGCUGAACAACCCGAAGAAGGUUUGAUGAUAGAAAAGCAAGAAGACGAUUACUACAGCCCAAAGGAGAUGCGGAACAAUAUCGAGGAGGAACUAGAGAGUGAGGAAAGCCCAGAGAGUUCAGAAAUGGACGAUGAAGAGAGAGUGAGUGAGUCAGAUGAAGAUGUAGAAGAUGAACCCGAUAUUGGGAUUGACGAGCCCCAGAGGACCCAAUUGGAAGGAAAGCCGACAGAGCCUGGCCAUGAAACGGAGGAACACCGGAGAGCGCACGGGCACUGGAAGCAGCCUGAUCCUCUGGCCCCGAUGGCUCCCUCUGAUCCAGGAGACACGGCACCGACGAUGACCCCCGGUGGUCCCGGGCCUCUGGUGACAGACCUGGAGGACGGGGAGCCUCUUGAGACCCUUCGCCUGCAGUCACACCGGGCGCUGUGCAUCGAUGACCUGCCUGAUCUGGAGGAUAUGGACACCGAAGACAAGGACAUCACAGGCUUCCUCGCCUUCCAGGAAGGAACCAGACCAAAAAUACAAAUUAUAUCAGGUGAUGAUGUUGAUGAUUUGACACAAUAUCAAUGUGAGGCGGAUGCGGCUUUUGAGGCAAUACCAAGCCCAGCCUUGUUGUUCAAAAAGAGUGAUCACAACACAUUGAUUGACUACAAGAAGGGUGUUGCCAUGGUGGGUCCAGGAGCUGGGGAUGAUUCUAUGCCAGUGAUAUUCAAAUCACUUGAAGGGUCCACUCCAAACCAAAAUUCCAACAGUCCACCCACCCGUUUGAUUGAGGAACUUGAUUGAGACUUUCAGAUCAAGUUUUAUUUUCAUUUACACAAUGUACAAUGUGUGGUUAGUGCCCAAUUGUUCUACACAGUAAAAAAACAACAUCUUAAUUUAUAGUAAUGAUUAGGCUCGCUAUAUUUAUACAUGACUGCAGAGCGUAUUGAAAUUACAUUUUUACCCAUAUUUUCAUAGCUUACCUUUAGUAUCUACCGAACUGACAUUGGAGAUUGCAAACGGAGUACUGUGUGCGAUUACAAACAUACAUUUCUGUUUUUGAAGGAUAUCUUUGGAAUAAAGACAGUUUACUGUUUUAUGUUACCAGCCUGUUCUUAUGAGUACCAGCCUUUUAUUUAAAUAAAUAUACAAUGA